UAUAAGCACUAUUCACGUACGUCAGUGGGUUAACACUGGUGAUAAAGUAGGUAUACAAUGAUAAAUACCUGAGCACGAUGCUCAGCAUACAAAAGGCAGUGAAAAGGCGCAGUAUGUUCGUAUUGUUCGUGUUUCAUGUCUCUAUCAUUCUCUCUCUCUAUAGCGUACUCGAUGAUACGUAAACGGGAAACCAAGUUGCAAUUCUUAUUUGUAUAAAUAAGUUCAUUUGUGCCAGAUUUCGUGGUCUGUUUUAUUGCGAUUGAAUACUAUACUACAUCGUGCUUCUUUGAAUUCGCGGCCGUCUUUUAUUUUACUCAACCACGAGUGCAUAAAGUGCAUUUUAAAGUAGCGUGUGGUGUGCUACGAAUACUAGAAUCUGUAAUCUACGACCGAAGCUGUGAUUCAAAAUGGAAGUUGGACAAAGCCAAGACCUAGAAAUGACUGAAUCAGCUCCAAAAGUAUACGAUAUUAUUCAUCCUACUCCAGUAUCGCUGCAAGAACUGUCAGCGAUGGCCAUUAGCCUCGAAAUAUGGCGUCGUGAAGUGAAUGAAUAUCGCACUAGUCAACAAUUGGAAGAAUUCAAAAUGUACAGAUCACGAAUGGAAAUUACCCGAGCAAAAAGUAUACUUCCUGAUUUACCUUCCACGAUUAAUAAGACGAUCGAAAAAUGUUUCAUGAGAUUUGAGGAUUCAUUCGCAUUUUGGCUUCUUGUGCAUUAUGAACGAGUAUUCGAUUGUUACAGUCACCGGAAUUAUAUUUUACAACAUUUCGAUGAUUUUGUGUGCGACUUCGACGGCUCCAUUCAUUACUCCAGGACAGCCGAACGCAUGAUGCGUUGUGUAGGAUUCAGUACAAUGAUCAAGUUUAAAAUUGCCUGCUUGUAUUUCUUCGAAGACGAUAUCCAAAGAAUUUGGCCCUCUGUAUCGAGACACCUGAGCGUUGAUUUGAUCCAUUUUCACAAAUGCCCGCAGUUGUACUACUGGAUCUGUCGUCUCAGAAAUGAUUUGAGUAAAGUGCCAAUCUCUUCCAGGACCGGUUUUAAUGAUUCUAGUACUGUUGAUGAAAGAAUGUUUGAUGGGCACCUGAUUCAUAAUAGACCUUCGGUGGAGUAUUUUUGGAAUCGUAUCCCUGUUGAAAAACAAAUGCAACGAGCUCGACGCCUAGAUCGAUUAGAUUUUGUUAGAUUCAUUUUACCAAAACUGAAUGACCAGCAGCUCGAUGAACUCGUGAAUGAUACGCAUACCGAUGAAACUGAAAGCGGAUUUUAUCCCCUGUUCCGAUAUUUUCAUUGCAAAGAAGAUACCGUUUUAAGAAUUUGGUUCUAUAUUAGGUCAAAGAAUAUCAUGAACAAGAGUACUUUUACACAUCUGGUCGUUAAUUUGAUUGAAAAUGAAGAUUACGGUUGUGGUGAGUUCAAUCACGAAAAUUGGGAAUAUUUAUGCCGUGAAAUAUGGAACGACUCUCCACUUGAUUUCAAACAAUCGACGAUUAGUUUUAUUUCAUCGGAUAGUGAAUGGUUAAAAUCGAUUACAAAAAUCGAAGAUGAUUACCAUUCGAAUCAGAUACACGUCGAGUUCCUAUUGCUUAUCCUACAAGAUGCAUCUGUCAUAGAAAGAAACUCGUUCUGGCAUAACUGCUGGAAACCUUUAAUUGAAGCAAUUCGUACCAAAGCUUUGCAACGAAUGAUGCAAUUGUGUUUCGAAAAUGAAGAUGAGAUUGCUCAGUUCAAACAGAAGUUCAUGAUUAACAGCCCAGUUGUCCUUCAAGUUUGUGUUUCGUUAUUGAAAAAUGCAAAUUUUGACGAAUUGAAAGAUUUUGUGGUUUUUUUUCAUCCCGAAUCGCGAACAGCGAGAUACUUCAAGCAAAAAAUACUGAUAUCAGCUUUUCUCAGUGGAGAUUGUCAACUCUCUUGUAAGAUUGUCAAUGAAGCCGAGAAAUUUGGUGACUUUGUGAAAGAUGUUCCCACCACUUUUAAAAACCGGCUGGUGUUAUCGAGUUCAUUUAUGUGGCGUUUAUCGAUAUUAAUUUGCGGUGAAGGAAUUUCUUUCAAAACGCUCACCGAAUUCAUUGACACCUUUGGUUCAACGGAUGAAGUUCUAAAGCAGAUCAAGGUGGGCUUGAUUCGAUCGUUGAAAGAAUAUGUGUCUACUUCUAUAGUAAGUAACUGGAUGUACGAUCUGUUCAGCGAGAACAAAUUCAAACCGAUUUUAUUAUGGUGUUUGGGAAGUAAUGAGGCAGUUGAAGAAUUCAAAUUAACCUGUAUUUCUUAGUUUUGUAGCAUAGAUGACCAUCCUAAAACUCGUGUCAUAGAUCAAUUUAAAAAGUAGGUUAGAAGAUAUCACAUAUCAAUUAAGAUUUAUUGUUCAUUUAAGCUGUAUUUUUAUCAAAACUAAUCCUAAAUUGAGAAUGUACAUAUGUACCUACUUGAUACUUGAUAAGAGAGAAAAUAUGCUAAUCUUCAAUAAAAUAAUGAUUCUUACCUGCGAAUAAAACUGAUCAAAUAUUAUGAAAAUAGUGAAAAAAUUAAUUUCCUAAAUUGCCAUAAAAAAUUUGAGUUGUUGCUCAAGUUAUCAAAAACUUUGAAAUGAUUGUAAGCAUUAUGUCAAUUUGUAAGUCGUAGUCAAAUUUAAAUCAACAACGUGAAUGUUUGAAAAAAUGUGUCUCGCGCCACUUCGAGAAAUUUUUUGUGUUUUGGAUAACUUUCGUACAUCUUCGAACGUUUUUGUCUUUGUUCUCAUGUGUAUUUUGUGUACCUAAUUUGUAGUUUAAAAAUUUAGUUGUGAUUUUUAUGAGGUUUGAACAUUUGUAGGUAUGACAAAUUCAUCAGCUGUUUGACAAUUUGUAAUCUACAAUUUUUUUUUUUUUUUUGGUUUUCAUUGCAUUUACAAAUUUGUUUUGCUCCUAUGUUUAUUAAUUACCCAUUAUUAAAAGAUCAUUA